GAUUUUGCUUCACGGUCCGUCUCGUCACAGACGUGGCUACGUCUAGUGUAUUUAAUUUUGAGAGAAACAAUAAUAUCCACAUGCUCAGCCACACAGGAGUUGCCAGAGCAGUGGUGGACAGCCUGACCAAGAGCCUGGCUAUUGAGUGGAUUGACAGCGGGGUCCAGAUCAACUCUGUGGCUCCGGGAACUAUAUUCUCCAAAACUGCAAUGGAAAUCUACAAAGAUGUUGGCCCAUCAAUGCUUAAGAUGCCAGCGCCAUUUAGUCUGGCUUAAAGACUCUGUGUUCCUGAGGAGGAAACGUAUGAUGUUGAGCUGCCAGUUGCAGUACAUUACUAGAUCAACCCUGAAACGUGAUGCAGGACAGAGCCUCUACCACUCGGUGUGGGAAAUACCAGGUACCCAUUUCCUGGCCAGAUGAUGGCAUAAUACAUGCUGUUAUUGCGAAAUCAAAAACGGAUGUUGACUCUUAUUAUUUGAGUAUGCAAACGCUUUCUGUUUCAGUUUCUCUCCAAUCAGAUCACACUACCUGGCCUCCAGCCCCAGAGGGAGAAAAUACAGACAUGUUUAGAGAAAUCAUGGCCAUAACCAAAUCCAAGCUGUGAAUAACAAAACAAGUCUAGACCGUCAAACAGCUGCUCUUCCUCACAGUGUGGGUGUACCACAAAUGUUUUUGUUUUGUCUUGUUUUUUGCUAGGAAUUGACUGUGGCCUUUAAAUGAUGCCCACUGAAUUGCAUCAUUCUCAUAGUAAAAUGGAACUCUAAUAGUUCUUUCAGAAUUGUUUAAUCAAUGUAAAUAUGUGUAAUAAUAUGAUAUUGUGAAUGUUUGUAAUUGUAAGAUUUCUAUUAUAUACAGUAGGUACGGAAAGUAUUCAGACCCCCUUAAAUUUUUCACUGUUUGUUAUAUUGCAGCCAUUUGCUAAAAUCAUUUAAGUAUUUGUUUCCCCCUCAUUAAUGUACACAUAGCAACCCAUAUUGACAGAAAAACACAGAAUUGUUGCAAUUUUUGAAGAUUUAUUAAAAAAGAAAAACUGAAAUAUCACAUGGUCCUAAGUAUUCAGUGGGAAUAAAUGAUUAAUCAGAUUUUCUGGCAUCUUACUCGGAGUUGGGUUGCUAGGCAGAGCUCUGCAUUAAGCGAGCACGCGCACGCCGCUGAUUGGCCAAACAUUGGCAUUAGCGGCGCGAGGGGGGAUGCGCUGUCUUCUGCGUGGCACUCUCGUAAAGAAUAAACACCGCGCUAAAAUGUUACACAUGGUGAGGACUUGCAGACAAUAAACUGAAUAAUCUAACGACCUCUACUUUUGUUUGGGAGUUUAUUCGAGAAGGAAACCUCUUGAAAGAUUGAUUGACACACCAAGCAGGUGUGUCCAGCUGCAUACUGACAUCAUAGGAGUCUCUCUGGCUUCACAGUCAUGAGUGAAGGGGCAUCUGGAGACAUCACUGGUCUGGAGCUGGAGGGAGCGACUGGGACAGAGGAGACCCCAGUGAACACGCUCCAGAGGUCAGCAGAGGAGGAGGGAACCACCACCAGGAGGAAAAAGAAGAAGAAAAAGAAAGAGAUUGUCUACCGCUCUGACCUGGAGGUGGAGGAUGCUGGGGAGGGAACCUCGGCAGAUGUGGACGGAAGCUUUAGUCCUGGACUUUACGAAGAUGAAGAGGAUAUCCCUCCUGACAGCCGUUACGUGACCCUGGCUGGCACCAUCACACGGGGAAAGCGGAAAGGCCAAAUGGUAGACAUCUAUAUGACGCUUACAGACAAAGAGCUGAGAGACAUUGCACGCUCCAAAGAGCGUCUAGAUGCAGAAUGUGAUGGGGCUGCAGAAGCCAAGCAAAAACCCUGCGCGCUGGGGGUCAGCCAGGGCCCUCAUGUUCUCCUCUGGAGCCUUUCCUGCUCUCCAUUCGUCUUCUUUCUCUCCUUCAUCACAUUGUUUUACUAUGGAACGCUCACCUGGUACAAUGUCUUCCUGGUUUACAAUGAGGAACGCAGCUUUUUGCACAAAAUCACGGUGUGUCCCUUGCUCAUUCUGUUAUACCCAGUGCUGAUCAUGACGUUGUGUGUUUGUAUGGGGGUGUAUGCCGCCUUGACCCAGCUCUCCUGGGUUUUUGGAGAAUGGUGGCUGGCGGUGAGGGACCUGGAGAAGGGCUUCUGUGGGUGGAUUUGUGGGAAGCUGGGGUUGGAGGACUGCGCCCCAUACAAUGUGGUUGAGCUGCUGGACUCUGACACUCUGUCCGGGACCCUCCAGGAUAAGAGGAUGGAAGAUGCUGAGAACACUUCUACUUUGUGAACUUGAAAAGAAGGAAUCAUUUUCGACAGCAUUUAACUUGUUUUCAAACCCGAGCAAUCAUAUUCAUUUUGUGAUAAUUCACCCAACAAAUAAAAACUCACCCCUAAUGUGUUCCAAACCUUUUGUGUGGAACACAAAAUAAGAUAUUUUGAACACUGUUGAUAACCAAACCACAGUUUUAUAGAUGUGUACAUGCUGAUAGAGAAUUAUCAAUUAAUUAGUUAGAAACAUAUUUUGUUUUGGCUGUUUAUUGUAAAAUAUCAUAAAACAAUGAAAUAUGGGGCCACGUUACUCUAAGAAUUCAGAACACUAUCUUUCCAUAUCCAAUCAAAAAAAAAAAAAAGAAAUAAUGGAGGUUAAGCAUAAGCUUAAAGGAUUAGUUUUCCCAAAAAUGAAAAUUAGCCUGUGUUUUACUCACCCUCAAAGCAUCCUAGUUAUAUGUGACUUUCUUCUUUCAGACGAAUCCAAUCAGAGUUAAAUUAAAUAUUGUCUUGGCCCCUCCAAGCCUUUCAAUGGGGGUAAGACGGUGUUGGUUAUCAACAAUCCAAAAUCCUCAAAUCUGGCUCACGUAAAUUUAACUCCAACCCUAAUCCAACAAACCCCAUCUGUGAUUUACUAAAGAUCCUGAAGACAUUGGUUAGCUUGAUAAAAUGAAGGAGUUAGAGUUAAACUCUGCAGGAAAGUGGAUCUCGCGAGCAAGAUUUGAGGAUCACUGGUCCAAAAGAUGUGAAAUAAAGUGGGAAAAUCCGUAAUAAAACAACCCUCACAGGGCUCUGGGGAGUGAAUAAAGGCCUCCCGCAAUGAAUCCGGGUGUUUUUGUAAGAUAAAUAUCCAUAUUUUAAAAAUAAUAAACAUUUUUAACGGAAGCCAUUCUGGGUGGAUGAUGAAAGACGCCAGCGUUGGAUGAUUAGUGAUGAACGUGGAGACAAAACAAAACACCGGUCAUGAACUAGAAGCACAAAACAAAGAUUUUUAAAGGAAAAUCUAGGAGAAUUUCAAUAUACUGAAAGCCAAGAGGAGACUGGUUUUUCUUUUGCUAAAGUAAGGAAACUUUGUUUCCUUCGCUCCUUCAUUUCUCAGAGGCAAGAGACGUGUCCUAUACCAUCCACCGGCAUGCCUUCUGGGUACGACAGUCAAAAAAGUGUUUAUUACAUUUGAAAUAUGGAUAUUUAUCUUACAAAAAUGCAUGGAUUCGCCACAGAAGGCCUAUAUUCAUCCCCCGGAGCCGUGUGAAGGACAUUUUAUUACGGAUGCACUGCACACACUUUAUUUCACGUGUUCUGAACUGUUGACAACCAACACAUGCUUGCCCUCAUUGAAAGGCUUGGAGGGGCCAGGACCAUUAUUAAUAUAACUCAGACUGGAUUUGUCUGAAAGAAGUUUCUUGAACAUGACAAUGAGUUCACUUUACUCAAAUGGCCUCCACAGUUACCAGAUCUCAACCCAAUAGAGCAGCUUUGGGAUGUGGUGGAACGAGAGACUUGCAUCAUGGAUGUGCAACCGACAAAUCUGCAACUGCGUGAUGCUGUCAUGUCAAUAUGGAAUGUCACCAUAACCUUGCUGAAUCUAUGCCACAAAGAAUUAAGGCAAUUCAGAAGGCAAAAGAGAGUCCAUAUAUAUAUAUCAUGCUACGUGUUAGGCUAACCAAGAGUUGUCAUUAGUUUAUAUCCAAGUAUGGGUCCCAAAUUACUGAAUUGCUGUGUUUGAAACAGUGUAAUGCUUUGCAUUUCCACAGAUGUUACAACAAUGGUGCUAUAAUAGUGCUCACCAAGGAUAUCAGCCAUUAAAAACUACAGACUGAUUUACAAGCAUUAAGGAUAAUGGCUUAGUUGUCCCAGAAGAUCAUCUUACAUUUCAAAAACCUUUUAAGAGGACAUUCACAGAUUAUUAGAUGAUACAUUUACUUCAGAUGGGGUGGUUUCUGGUUCUCAUAUUGCACCUCAAAAACUCAACUCCAAUAUAUAGUUCAGCUCUGAGGAAGAGGUAUGAAUAACAGCAGUCAUUUCCUCUUCAUAUACAAUCAUCAUUUAAAAUCUAUUGUUUAUGUAGGCAUACUGUUGUACUGUAUAAUUUCUAAAUGUAGGCUUAUUCCCCAUAAAGUGUGUAACUCUGCAUCUCUCUUAGCUGAGAUCUAUGCAUCUGAUCUGAAUAAUCUGUAAUAUGUGAAGAAAAAUGUAAAAUCCCUAAAGACAAAAUUGCUCUAGGGUUGUACAUUUAUAUCUGAAAUAUUGCAAUUAUGCAGUUAUUAAAAGCCUUUAGAUUAUUGUAUUUUAUCUGCAAAUGAGCAGCUUUGAUAUAAACUGACUUUUGAAGGGGUUAUUGUAAUCAUCAGUAGCUUCAGUCUGUUGCACAAGAGAUUAUUGCUUUUUUUUUUUCUUUAUCUUUGGGGACUUUUACAACUGCCUUGCUAUACAAAUAAAGACACUCCUCAUGCUGCUCAUAUUACAAGACCUUGACAUGUCUUUUAGCAUUUAGGCCAGCCUUAAAAAUGUUACACAAACAACACUUGAAUGGCAUUAUGAAUUAUUGUCUCCUGGCACAAAAUAGCCUGUUAACUUCAAACAUGGUCUCAAAGCACAAACUUUAUUUUUACAUCAUAAACUAAUUAAAUUGUUUACAUCAUAAACAUAUUUAAUUGUUAACAAUUUCUAAUAAAGAAUUUUUCGUUUGUUGU